AUGACUGAAAAACGCGAGCUUGUUGAUGUCGAUACACAAAGUCCUCGGGCUUUGCUUCAAACGGUUUGGUUUCAAAUUUCCAUCUACUUCGGAAAACGUGGUAGAGAAAACCAAAGUUCACUGAAGAAGUCAAUGCUACGUCUAGUCAAAACCGCAGACAGCCAAGAGUACUUCGAGUUGAACAGAAGCGAACCCGGCGCUGUUCUCACGAGCAAAAAUCACACGGGAGGUCUAGAUGGCUCUGAAGAUCACUCCGACG